CCGCCCGUAGCUCUCUGCAGCAGAUGAUGACCGUUGUGGCAGUUAGUUUCGAUUUGACUCUCCACCCGGAUUAACGUGCCCGCUUUCUUCUGCAUCUGGGAGGCGUUCGCAGUAGAAUCUGUGAUUCAAUUUUCUCAAGUGGUUGUGGGGAAUUAUGUAACGAUUUCAACGAUGAAGAGGUUUCAACGGAUUGCAUUUCCAUUAUUGCUUACGGUUGCUAGUAGCUAUUUGGUGGUGGGAAAAUUCUGUACCGAAAGUGAAAAAGUUCCUAAGCUAGUGCAGAACGUGACCAAGGGAGUGGAGUAUGGUGUGUGCAAUUACUACUGUAUGUUUGGGGAGCAUACCCUGCCGGUAACAGUAGCCGUUGAGAAGUUGUCCUGUGCUUUGGAAUACGAAACUCGCCAAAAGCAGGUGUGCUGUGAAGGUUAUCACCGUUACGGAAACGAAUGUCUACCGUCGUGCAAGCAUAAGUGCAUCUUCGGUGAAUGUACUGCACCGGAAACGUGCAGCUGCUACGGUGGCUACAGGAAAGUGAAUGAAUUUCUUUGUGAGCCAAUAUGUGAUUCUCCAUGUGAUAAUGGGCGCUGUGUGGCGCCCAAUUCGUGUGUCUGUGAUGAAGGGUACGAGCGUGAUUCGGAAGGGAAGUGUGUGCAGCGAUGCAGUAAAGAAUGCAGAUUUGGAUGGUGUGAAGAAAAUCAGUGCCGUUGUUACGAUGGAUACGCGUUGGAUACGGAAGAUGAUGGGCAAUGUGUUGCGCAGUGUGAACCGGAGUGCCAGAAUGGGAACUGCGUGCAGCCGAACGUGUGCCAAUGUUUGCCAGGAUACACCCUAUCUCCGGUGUUCCCUUUUCUGUGUGAACCGGUCUGCACCGGAAACUGCCACAACUGCGUCGCUCCGGAAACAUGCCAGUGCGAGGAAGGCUACCAGCUAAACGACCAGAAGGAAUGCACCCCGAUUUGCGACGGCGUGGACUGCAGCAACGGAUUUUGCGCCCAACCGGAAGUUUGCCACUGCAACGAGGGCUACCAAUUCCUGGAAGGCGAAUGCAUUCCGAUGUGCGGAGUCGACGAUUGCGUCAACGGCGAGUGUGUGGCACCGGGGGUAUGCGUUUGCGAUGACCUGUAUCGAAUGGGUGCGAAUGAGACGUGCGAACCGUACUGUCCGGAGGGCUGUUUGAAUGGGGAUUGCGUUGGUCCGGGGGUUUGUCGAUGCCGGGAAGGUUUUGAGAGGGGUGCAGUAGGAGGGGUUUGCGAGCCACGAUGUGGAAGACCAUGUGAGAAUGGCAUUUGCGUGGGGCCGGAUCAGUGUGCUUGCAGCGAGGGAUUCCAGUUGGAUCGUAAGGACGGAAGCAAGUGUGUGCCCAGGUGUGAGAAACCGUGCGUUCACGGAAGGUGCGUUGCGCCGGAUGUUUGCGAGUGCAAUAAAGGAUACGUAAAGUUGGAGAACAGCCGCAACGUAUGCGAAGCAAAGUGUACAAAUGGAUGCUCAAACGGUAUCUGCGUCGGUCCAGAACGCUGUGAGUGCCUCCCGGGAUAUUUUGCAACAGCAAGUGCAAUCAGCUCCAAGAAAUCGAUCUGCACGCCCUACUGCAAGAACAAGUGCAUCAACGCGUACUGUAUCAAGCCGAACGUUUGCCAGUGUAUUUCCGGUUUUCAGUUUGCGGACAACAGUACCAGCGUUUGUGAACCAAUUUGCGACGAAGAAUUGGUGGACUGCACCAAUGGUCGGUGUACUCAGCCGAACAUUUGCGAGUGCGAUGAAGGAUUCGUGUUGGCGAUACGUGAUGGAAAAAUGGCGUGUGAACCGAAGCCUUGCGAGCGUAUCUGCGUGAACGGGUUCUGCGUGGGGAACGACCAGUGUAGUUGCCAGGAAGGUUACCGAAAGUCAGAGAAGUAUGACUUCAUUUGUGAACCUGCUUGUCGCGAAGGAUGCAGUGAAGGGAUAUGUAUCGCACCGGGAUUGUGUGUUUGCAAAGAAGGGUUUGGAGUAGGAGAUGAUGGAACUUGCCAACCAUUGUGUACGAAAGUUGAUUGCAGCAAUGGUGUGUGCUUGGGCAAUGAUCAGUGCUUAUGUAACGAAGGAUAUCAGCUGAAAAGGAACGUGACGGGAACACUGGAAUGUGCUCCUGUUUGUGAAAGUAGCUGUAGGAAUGGCCGCUGUGUUGCUCCCGGUAGUUGUGAGUGUAACGAAGGAUAUCAACUUCAUGAGACAUUGGAAAUCUGCGAACCGGUUUGCAAUCCGCCAUGCGUCAAUGGUGACUGUGUCUCGCCAGAUCUUUGCAUGUGCUACGAAGGAUUCAUUCCGGAAAAUGGGGACCUGUUCGUUUCAAAUCACUUAUGCAGUCCAUAUUGUGAUCCCAGCGCAGUUGACUGCAGUAAGGGAUACUGUGUAGGAACCAACCUCUGUCUAUGUAACGAAGGAUUCUAUUCAACGGUUGAAGGUGAUACCAGAACUUGCAAGCCUGUACCUGAACCUACCGUUAUAGACUGUGAUACACCAACUACAUCUUUGACAACAAUUCCGCCUGAAUGCAUCUGCGAAAUACCAGAACCGUGUCCGGAGGUUACGUGUCCCCAUACUCCAGAAACAACCCAGGCUACAAAUUGUGAUUACACCUGUCCUGAACCAACCUCAUGCCCUGAUCUACAGUGCCCAGAGAUUCCCCCAAUGACCACAGAGAGCUACAAGCCGUGUGAAUGUCCACUCCAGAUGCCCUGUCCGGAGGUCGAGUGUCCAAUUCAGGAAUGUCCUACCGCGGAACCUGACGUCAGAUCCGAAGAAGUCUUCCCAUCAUCGUACAGCUGUGACGAAAGCUAUGUCGACUGUAGUCAUGGAACCUGUCUGGGGAACAACAUCUGCGAGUGUAAUCCGGGGUAUCGCAGGGCCGUGGGAGAUCGGGAACAGAUCGUUUGCGAACCGGUGUGCGAGCGGUCUUGCCUGAACGGAAUCUGCGUAGCGCCCGAAGUUUGCGAGUGUUUCGUUGGUUAUGCGGAUCAUCAUGGUGACGGGUUGUGUCGUCCGGUGUGCGAAGAAUCUUGUGUGAAUGGGGAAUGUGUUGCGCCGAAUGUUUGUCGAUGUGCCAGCGGAUAUGAAGAAGAGUGGAAUGGGAUGUGUCGCAAGAAGUGUGAACCGGAGUGUCGGAACGGGAUUUGCUUGGAUGGAGUGUGCGAUUGUGAUGAAGGUUACGUGUUGAAUGGAGAAAAUGUUUGUAGCGAGGUGGAAUUGGAGGAGCAUAGUGAACAUGUUGAAGUGAUUGAUAAUAAUCGAAUGGUUGUUGUGCAGAGCAGAUUCGGUGCUGAUUGCGACGAUGGAUACGAGAUGAAGGAUGAUUACGAGGAUUGUGUGCCGAUAUGUAGAGGUUGUUAUAAUGGGAACUGCGUUGCUCCAGGAGAGUGCGAGUGCCCUGAUGGUUUCACUGCAGUUAUGACGGAUGCUUCAGAGGUGUCGUGCGAGCCGGAAGAGGAGACCGAACCUCCAGUAGACCAGGAUGAAUUUGUUCCAGAAACCAGUAGAACAGAGACAGCAGAAAUGGCAGCCGCAGAACAGGUUGAAGUUCACAGAGAUGAACAGCUCAGUUUCGUUUCAAUCUUCAAUCGAACACAUCUCUUGAUAGCGUGUGUUGCAGCGGCGGUGGCUCUGGCCCUGAUGUUGGUGUCAUACUUGGUUUGUUCUUAUAUGCACCGGCCUGGAACCGUUCCUACUGAAACAAUGAUUGAAUAAGGACAACAUCUGCAUCAUAGUCUCCCAUCCCACCAAAGUAUUCAUCAGUGCCACAUCUACAGAAAACUUCGUUAUAUUUAUUCAAUGGUUUCGUAGUCACUUAUAGAAAUAAAUAAAGUACAGUUCGCAUUUGUUACCUAAAACUA